AUGCCUCCAGAGUCUUUGCAUGCACAGCCAUCAGCUCUUGCCCAGGAGCUGCAUGCUGGUGCUGGCAGAAGCAAAAGAGCUCUGGCAGACCAGGAAACACUGGGAGAAGGCAGCAUAGCACUUGCAGAGAUCUAGAGGAGACUCAAAACGUUUGUCAAGCCACCUGUUUGAUCUGAUAUCAAGGACUAUUCAAGUAACCAGGCAGAGGGAUCUGAGAGAGGCACGUGCCUGCCGCACACAGCCCAGCGAUGAGUGAGACCCCAGCCGCCAACCUCAACACUGGAGAUGCUCCAACUGGUCCCACCACACCACGCAAGGGGCCUCCCAAGUUCAAGCAGAGACAGACAAGGCAGUUCAAGAGCAAGCCCCCCAAAAAAGGAGUAAGAGGGUUUGGAGAUGACAUCCCAGGCAUGGAGGGGCUGGGCACAGAUAUCACCGUGAUUUGCCCAUGGGAAGCUUUCAGCCAUCUGGAACUGCAUGAGCUGGCCCAGUUUGGGAUCAUCUAAGGUGUCAGGAUUUCUGCUGGUGUCACCUGGUGACUCCACAGAUCCCAGCAUGGUCUUUACCAUCUUUGACACUUACUUUUGGCCCUUGCAUCCACUUGCUUAUGGGCAGGAUGGUUUUGUAAGAGCCAGUUGUGAGAAACUUCACUUUGCAGAUCAAUUUGGCAAAGAAGUUAUUUGGGACCGUGAGCAGACCUCACGUUCCAUGAGAUGAAACUACUGAAAAAUGUCUUAAUGUCUCCCCACACCAUAUUCUUUCUUCUCUCAUUGUCAUAGAUCUUCAAUGUUUAUGGUGAUACAGGGAGGCUGUAUUUUAACAUUUUCCCUGAUUAGCUGAGAUAUUGUGUGCAUGUAUGUCCACACCUAAUUAAAUCACCCUAUCCUGUUUUCUUCCUUCCCUCCCUUUCUUCAGCUUUCUGUAUAGAAUUUCCAUGGGUGGGUCCCCGUGUUAUUUGAACCACCAAUUAUUUGCUCAGAGUACAUUGGUAGAGAACAGCAUUAGUCACCAGUCCAGACGUUAGGCUGUUUUCCAUAGGAGAUCCUUCCCCAGCGGCUCACCAUAAGGAACGUGCUGCUAAGAUUUACCUCAUCAGCAAAUGGGGAAAAGGGCUUGCAAAUGCUGUCUCUGCUGUACUGCCCACAGGCUAUGAACCAUGAGAGUCUGGCUCUUCUCAUAAUGUUAAAUGAAAAUGUGUGCAUCUGAGAUCAAUAGCUAAGUGAAUUAAUCCUAUUAUUCAUUCCUUUGUGGUUGCAGUUCCAAAGAAGUAGCACUCCAAAUGACACUGCAUUUCCUCUCCUUUGAUGGGAAACCCUGUGUGACAUUUGUCCCCAUGCCCAUACAUAUUUACAUGAGACAUUUGCUCCCCAGGACAUGCUUGCUGCUUAUUAAGACAGAGAAUCCUUAUGAUCUGUCGCCAGACUGUGCCAGCAGUCUUGCCACAUCCAGCAGAAAAUGAUAUUGCUGUAAUUCCUCCCUCUUCCCUGUGUUUAGCAUAGGAAAAGUCACCCUUCACCCUGCCCCUCAUAAGCAGGAAGGCUUUUCCCUCUUCAUUCCUUGGCAAUUUCUGGAGCUUGUUUGGACAAGCAGGCAAAUGGUGUCCCCAGAGAGAAGUACCAGCAGAGCAAGCGGGAGGCAGGGCAAGGGCAGGAUGCAGGCAAGCACAGAGCCAAUCCACUUAACCCCAUCGAUGUGUGCCUGCAGCCCCACUGCUGCCUAGUGGUGAGGCACCCAAAACCACUUAAUGUUCAGGGAAGGCACCAAGAUUCCCUAUGGCCCUGGAAUUAAGGAAGGGCUUUUGGCUUGUUUGCAGGCAAGGAGCAAGUUUAUUGUAGCUACAUAAUAUUCAUAAAAGGAGGUGGAAUUUUUAAUCACUGCCUUUAGCUUGAGAAGCCUCAUUGCAUAAGAACUGCCUCCCCCUAUCUUAUCUUUCCUAUGCUGAGCAUGUUCAUGGGAGCAAGGAGUGAUUGUGGAGAGGAGAGCAAAUCCUGUCUAAACGAUUGAUCCCCACGCAGAAAGCAUUGCUAUAAAUCCAUGGUGGUGCCAUAGUUAUCUGCUACUGUUAUUCCAGAAAUAAAAGCUAGCAGU